AUGAAUUUCUCAUCUGUCAACGACUCCUUAACGGAAACUGGGAAACGAGAGCAAGACUUCAGAGCUGCUCUGGUGAAAAACCUGAUCGUGUCAGGUCUCUGCAUCUCCAUCAACUACAUCAACAGCAUUCUGGUCCACACCUUCAGAAAACACCAGAUCCUCCUCUCAAACCCUCGCUACAUUCUCUUCAUCCAUCUAGUGAUCAACGACAUGAUCCAGCUGAUCCUGUCAUCUGUCCUCUUCAUCAUGAUACAAGUGGUGCAGACCUCGGUCUCUGUCUGCCUCAUUUUCUUGAUGCUCGCCAUAACCACCACCUAUAACACUCCGCUGAACUUGGCAGUCAUGGCUGUGGAGUGCUACAUCGCCGUCUGCAUGCCUCUCCGUCAUGCGCAGAUCUGCACGGUCAGGAAAACCUACGUCCUCAUCGGCCUCAUGUGGGCGGUGAGCGGACUGUCCGUCCUGCCGGACCUGCUGAUCCUUGUGGAAACAAAACCGUUGCAGUACUUUUACUCCACAGUUCUGUGUUUCAGAGACAUUGUGUUCAGCAGCCAGCUCAGCGCAGAGAAGAGAAACAUCUCAAACGCUGUUUCCCUGGUCCUGGUCUGGUUUACUCUUUUCUUCACGUAUUUCAGAAUCCUGUUUGCUGCCAAAGGAGCAGCAGCGGACAACAAAAAGGCCAGAAACACCAUCCUCCUCCACGGCUUCCAGCUGCUCCUGUCCAUGCUGAACUAUGUCAGACCGCUGUUUGAGCAGGGUCUGCUCCUCCUGUGGCCAAAUGACUACCCUCACAUCGCCUUCGCUUCCUUUACCAUGGUCCAGAUCUUGCCGAGGUUCGUUAGUCCCAUCAUCUACGGCCUCAGAGACAAGACCUUCAGGAAGUGCGCGAGAGGCUACCUGCUCUGUGAAUGCAGCUCAGCCCGUGCUUCACAAGACGCUGCCACCUCAACCACUAAACCCACCCUGAAACUGAAGAUCUUCCUGCAUUUCCUCCACAGAUGUGCAGCAUCCCAGAAUACACAGCAGAAAGCUGCAUGAGAGCGGCUG